AUGCAGGUACUUAUUUCCAGCGGAGAAAACACAUAUAUUUCGGAUGAGUUUGCUGAAGAUUUCGCCGGAAAGUUAAAUAUGAAAUCUAAUGAAGAAAGAGAAGAAGAAGAAGAAGAACAGGAAAGAGAUGAAGCGGAGUUUUCUUUCGUUUCUGUGAAUCCUGAAUCUCCGGUUGCAGCGGAUGUAGCUUUCUCCAACGGCCAGAUCCGGACGAUAUAUCCGAUGUUUGAUCAAACUCUGCUCUAUGAGUACGUUAACGAUGACGGUGAAGUGAAAAACAGCUCGUCAUCGUCUCUACGAGCGCCGUUAAGGAAACUUUUCGUCCAAGAGCGGUUAAAUCCGGAGGCGGAACCAGCCGGUCCGUUCUGUGAAUGGUCGUCUGGUAAAAUCGUGAAGGAAGUUUCAUCGGAUUCUUGCAAGAAGAGCUCCUCCACAGGGUUCUCUAAACUUUGGAGGUUCCGAGAGCUCAUUGUUCGAAGCGGCAGUGACGGCAAAGACGCCUUUGUUUUCCUGUAUAACAGUAAUAAUUAUAAGAACAACAAUAAGGAUAAGAUAAAAUCUUCAGUGAACAAGACGAAAGUUAAGAAAACGAGUGGAAAGGUCAAAAACGAAAACGUGAAGAAGGUGAGGGCGGAAACGGUGUCGUCUAUGUACGAGAAGCAUUACUUGAAUAGAGAAAGUGAUAGACGGAAAUCGUACACGCCUUAUAGACAAGAUCUAAUUGGCUUUUUUACCACCGUGAAUGGUUUGAGCAAGAACGUACAUUCUUAUUAA